GGAAGCGUUAUCAGCACAUGACAGAUGUCAACAUAUGCUGACCGUAAAGUCAUAAGCAAAGCUGUAUUGCUCUGAAAUCAGCUCUUUGCCGGUUUUACAAGAACAAGAACAAGAGAUAUACAUUUCUUGAUCAUGGGCGGUGGAUCUUCUUCCCCUCGUAUUCACAACGCCACUGAUGAAAUACUGAAGAUUGUUUGUACGGACUGUUACGGCAGAGAAACGAGUCAGAUUGUGAGGAAACUGGAUUCGUGGCAGCCGACGAUCCCAUACGGCAAGAUGACCAUCUCGGUGUUCAUCCUCGCCGACGGUGUCCCGGUGGCUGAGAAGGCAGAUGCCGUCCUGAGUGCGACAAAGUCCUGCUAUGAUUUCACUGUUCAACUUGUGAAAGGAAUGGUCAAUAUCACACAGGAUUACAGCAAGCAGUCUAGGACAUGCGGGGAUGUUUCUCGCAUCACAAACGCGACAGACGACACACUGAGGAUUCUCUGUACUGAUAAAGAUGGCAGAAAGACGAGUCAGAUCGUGACGUCACAGAACACGUGGCAGCCGUCCAUCCAACCAGGUACUCUCACAGUGUCUGCGUCACAUCUUCAAAGUGGCUUUGACGAGGACGGAGAGGGAGCAGUCUACACAGCGACAUCUGUGGAUAACUUUACCGUAAGACUUGUCGAAGGAAGACUCAAUAUUAGUCUUCAGUAAAGCAAGAUAACUUUGCUUAGAAAACUGUUUUUCAUCGAUGUUCAAACUGGGGUAUAUAGAGGGCAGCACACGGGCGUGCGAUACCUAUUGCGAACUUUUUACGGACGGGAGCGUAAUACCCGUUGGCUCAGUGUUAUGACAGUAGUGAUCGCCAACUUGCCUACUUCACAAACGACCGAAACCAUGUAGUCGUGCGGGCCCGAUUUAUACCAAAUUUCGAUUGUCAUUUAAAAAUGAACAUUAUUAUAGUUCUGUAAAAUAUAUGUAUUUACAAUGUUAUGUUGCAAGGUAUAUUUGAUAUUUGAUGGGAAUUCGAAGAUUAUAUUAUGCGUUGGUUAGAUCACGUUUAGCGAGCACACAACGUACGCGUACAUGAUAUUUCACCUUGUAUGCACUGUACGUACACUGCAAAUUUUCAUGCAGGCAGACAUCCUAUGACUGUAUUAUGCACGGUUAUUAUGGUAUUACGCGCAGUACUCCGAAACCGCUCCGAUGUACACUUCGGGAUAUUAGGGACUUUUAGAUUUGCACGUCAACAGCUUUGACUGCAACGUGUGACGUCAUUUUAAGGCACU